ACGCUCACUCAGUUUGGUUCAUCAUUAGCCGGGUUACAGUGUCAGCAGAGAGGAAUGGCGAGAUCCAAGGCUAGGGUGUACACUUGUUGCGCGCUGCUGCUGCUGCUUCUUAUCGCCAUCAUUGUGGUAAUCAUAUUCUGCACUAGGCCUACGAGGAGGACGGAGUCCAAAUGCCCGAAUGGCACUUUCUCCAAAGCCGCUGUGGCCGCAGACACAAGGAAGUGCUCAGAGAUUGGAAGGGACAUUCUUCAGAGAGGCGGCUCAGCGGUAGAUGGCGCCAUUGCUGCGCUUUUGUGCACGGGCAUUAUGAACCCACAGAGCGCUGGGAUCGGAGGGGGCUCUAUCUUCACAGUGAUGGACAGCUCUGGUAAUGUGAAGAUCAUCAACUCCAGGGAGACGGCACCGUCAAAGGUGAACCCUGACCUGCUGAACUACUGCCCCAAGUCCUUUAAACUGAUCUCAGGUGGUAUAUGGAUUGGGGUCCCAGGGGAAAUUCGAGGCUACGAAAUGGCGCACAAACUUUAUGGAAAACUGCCGUGGGCCGACCUCUUUCAGCCGACCAUCAAGCUGGCCAGAGAGGGAUUCCCUAUUCCUCUAGUCCAAGGCUUAUCAAUCCAAAGCAUUGACAAAAACCAGACGCAGUCCCUGUGGAACAUAUUUUCAGAUAAAAAUGGAAAUCUGCUUAAGGCUGGAGAGAUUAUCAAAUUUGAGAAACUGGCCGACACGUUGGAGAUGAUUGCAAAUAAUGGAGCGGACGUCUUCUUCACUGGAAAGAUAGCAGAGGAUUUAGUCCAUGAUGUGCAGGAGGCAGGAGGAGUCCUGACACUGGAGGACUUGGCAUCAUAUAAGGCUACAGUAACUGAUGCGUGGGUUGUCCCUAUGGGAGAGUACCAGAUGUACAUCCCCCCACCCCCCUCAGGAGGAGCACUCCUCAGCCUCAUCCUCAACAUUAUGAAAGGGUAUCAGAUGAAGUCAUCUCCUCAGUCUACUGAUCAAAAGGUCCAGUUUUAUCACCGCUAUGUUGAAGCUUUUAAAUUUGCCAACGGACUAAAGAAGCACAUUCGGGAUCCAAACUUCAAAUCAGAAAAAAUUGCAAAUCAAAUAAAAGAAGGUAGCUUUGCUAACUACAUACGGAGCCUGAUCAGCAGCAACAGGACACACGAUCCGGAGUUUUACAACCUCACCUCGUAUCUGGACAGCAUGGGUACCACACACUUGUCUGUCCUGGCUGAAGACGGAUCAGCCGUCGCUGUCACCAGCACCAUCAACUACAUAUUUGGCUCCAGGGUCUACUCUCCAAGCACUGGAAUCAUCCUAAACAAUGAGCUGACGGACUUUUGUGGAAGGGCCGAUAACAUCUCUCCUGGGGAGCAGCCCCCUUCCUCCAUGGCCCCCGCUGUGCUGAAGUCUGGUUCGGAGAUACUAGUGACGGGAGCGAGUGGUGGGAGCAUGAUCACAACGGGGCUGGCCUCUGCCCUCAUCAACCACCUUUGGUUUGGAAAGAGCCUUAAGGAGGCAAUUGCUACUCCUGUUGUCUUUGUUGACUCUGAAAACUCAGUGAAGUUUGAACCCAACUUUGACAAGGAUGUAAUCAAGGCUCUUGAAGCACUGGGGCACAACCAGAAACAAGCAACCAGAUUCUACAACGUGGUUAAUGCUGUGGAGAAAAAGGGCGGCUGUGUCUGUGCUGUGUCUGAUUACAGGAAACGAGGAGAAGCAGCUGGUUAUUGACACCAAGAGUCAUGCUGGCUGCAGAGGAUGUCCUGAAAAUGACUGAGAUCCUCCUGCAGCAGAAGGUGCCUGUUGUUCUCGGACAUCAGUGAAUAAGACGGAAAAACAAGUUUCAUUUGCGGAGGCUUUGCAGUAACAUGUCUUCCUGUGACUGGAAUAGGCUCACAAACACUGUAACAAGCUGUCACCAUGGAAAAAACAAGACUCUUUUUGUCACUUCUUGUGUGUUUUGUAGGAGCAAGUCUUGGAUAUUUUUUGCCCUUCCUUGAAUAUUUUCUAAUGAUAUGAAGGUCAUUGUCAUCAUGCACAAAGUCUCUCAAUUAACUUCUUUUUUUUUUUUUUUUUUUUACAUGUAAAUAGAUCUCAUGAAUACAUGACUAGCACGUUUUGUGUAAAUACCUGAUUUUAAAUAUUAGCUCCAAUUCCUUCUUUUAGUUGUACUCCACUGUUUAUUGAAUUUUCUGUAUUUGCUGCAAUAGAAUAUAAACUUUUUUGUAAUUUAGGUAGGAGAUAUGAUUUCUCUGUUGGCUUUAUGUACAUUAAAUUGACUGAAAAGAA